UUUUCUCCCCCCCUCCCCCUCUCCCUCCUCCCCUCGCACUCCGGACCCCGGAGGCCGGGCCGAGCUGGGGGGGCGAGGGCCCGGGGGCCCCGGAGGCCCCCAUGGACGGCUCGGCCGUCAUCACCCAACUCAGCAGGGAGGAGGUGCGAAGCCCCUUGCGGGGGAAAGGCGACCCCACCCAGGCCCCUUCCACGAAGCCUCGGAGGAGAAGGAUCUGGAAGUACUUCUGCUGCCUGUGUCCUAAGGACCCCGAUACCCCCCACCCCGUCAACAACAAUCCCCCGCUGCUGGUGGAGGAGAAUGGCACGGUCCCCAAGGCCGGCGGCAAACAGCUGCUUCCCGAAGCCAGCAGUCAGGACGCCAGUAAAAUCUGCAUGGUCAUCGACCUGGACGAGACCCUGGUGCACAGCUCCUUCAAGCCGGUGAACAACGCCGACUUCAUCAUCCCGGUGGAGAUCGAUGGGAUCGUUCACCAGGUGUACGUCCUCAAGCGUCCGUUUGUGGAUGAGUUCCUGCAGCGGGUCAGCCAGAUGUUUGAGUGCGUCCUCUUCACCGCCAGUUUGGCCAAGUACGCCGACCCCGUGGCCGACCUGCUGGACAAGUGGGGGGCCUUCCGGGCGCGGCUCUUCCGAGAAUCCUGCGUCUUCCACCGAGGGAACUACGUCAAGGACCUGAGCCGGCUGGGCCGGGAACUGGAGCGGACACUCAUCCUGGACAACUCGCCCGCCUCCUAUUUCUUCCACCCCAACAACGCCGUGCCGGUGGCGUCGUGGUUCGACAACAUGGCCGACACGGAGCUCCACGACCUCCUGCCGUUCUUAGAGCGGCUGAGUCACGUGGACAACGUAUACUCCGUGCUCAACCAGCCAAGGACUAGCAGCUAGUGGGGGGGG